GUUUUUCUAAAAAUGGGUUCCUCUGGUGCCGCUGCAUUUACUCGUCGCCUUACUGAGGCUUCAAUUGAUAGAAGUAGUGGAGGCUUCUUUGCCGCCAGACAUUCCUCCAUUGUGCCACCUCCAUUACCCCGUUCGAGUAUGUGCUCGAGGCCUUCUUUUGUUAUUUUAUUAAAUUAUUAA